AUCUUUCUCACUCGCGCUAGUUGUUCGUCAUUUCAUUCAUUUAACUCAGUUCUAUUUGUUUUACCAUCAAGUUAUUGUGAAAACUUAUUUUUAUUCCGAAUCCAUACAUUCCAUAAACAAUUCAGAAGACACCUUUUCAUCAAAUAAUCAUCAUAUAUUUGAAAUAACUAGUCAAAAAUAUCUAGAAUAGAUAUUGGCAUUGGCGUUCAGUUCAACCUCCUAUAAAAAAUGAAGCGUUGGCGAUUCGACACUCUGCUAUUGAUUGCAAUAUUAUCAACUUAUCUAGUCACCAUUUCGGCAAACGAUGAUCAUGACGAUGACGGAUUAUCAAUUGAAUCUGAGAAAAUUGAGAAUCCAAAACCUGCAUAUGAAUCGUUAGAAUCAGUCAUUCAGUAUGAGAGUCCGACCAUUCAACCUGGUAAAUUUCAUUUUGCUGAACACUUUGAUGAUGUCCAGACUUUCGAUGAAAAAUGGAUAAAAUCGACGGCAAAGAAGGGAGAGGAUGACAGUGAUAAAUACGAUGGAGUAUGGUCAAUUGAAGCGCCGGAAGAACCAAUUUUAAGAAAUGAUUUGGGAUUAGUUCUGAAAUCGAAAGCACGUCAUUCAGCUAUUGCCUCUCGUUUGAUUAAGCCAUUCGUUUUCACAGACAAACCUCUCAUUGUCCAAUAUGAAGUUCAAUUACAAGAUGGACAAGAAUGCGGUGGAUCUUACAUCAAACUUUUAUCAUCCGGAAAAGAAACUACUGACUUGAAAACUUUUCAUGACAAAACACCUUAUACAAUUAUGUUUGGUCCUGAUAAAUGUGGAAAUGACUAUAAAUUGCAUUUUAUCUUCCGUCAUACAAAUCCAUUGAAUGGAUCUAUCGAAGAGAAACAUGCAAAAAAGACUAAAGAGCGUAUUGAAGAAGUAUUCACCGACAAAAAACCGCAUUUAUAUCAGUUAAUUGUGCGCCCGGAUAAUACGUAUUCGAUUGCCGUCGAUCAUAAAAUUAUAAACGAAGGCUCUUUACUAACAGAUUUCACACCGCCAGUUAAUCCACCAAAGGAGAUCGAUGAUCCAAAAGAUUUUAAACCAGAGAGCUGGGAUGAACGUGAAAAAAUACCAGAUCCACAUGCAGCAAAACCAGAAGACUGGGAUGAACAAGAACCACCACAAAUACCAGAUGUUACUGCAAAUAAGCCGACUGGAUGGCUUGAUGACGAGGAAACUAUGAUACAUGAUCCCACAGCAAAGAAACCGGAAGACUGGGAUUCAGAAAUUGACGGAGAAUGGGAAGCCCCAUUGAUUCCAAAUCCAAUUUGUGAAAAAGCAGUCGGUUGUGGCCUUUGGAAAGCACCAUUGGUUGCAAAUCCAAAAUACCGUGGCAAAUGGCGGGCACCACUCAUUGACAAUCCAAAUUAUCAAGGAAAAUGGGCUCCAAGACGUAUAGCAAAUCCAGAUUUUUUCGAAGAUUUCAAUCCAUUCAAAAUGACACCAAUUUCAGCUGUUGGUCUCGAAUUGUGGUCGAUGUCAAAUAACAUUUUAUUCGAUAAUCUUCUUAUUACUGAUGAUAUCGUUGUUGCUGAUGAAUGGGCCGCUGUUACAUUUGACUUAAAACAGAAGCAAAUGGAUUUGCAAUCGGGUGAGAGUAUAAGUGAGAGGAAAGAAUUACCUACCAUUGAAAAUAAGCCAUUAUUUUGGACUAUCUAUGGUAUUUAUUGUAUGAUACCAAUUUCAAUUUACGUAUGGUUUUUGUGGAAGAGAACACGUGAGGAUCCACCACGUGAGAAGGGUGUCAAGGCGAAAAAAACUGAUGAAAUUCAACCAGAUGACGAAGAAGUCGAAGAAGAAUUUGAAAUUGAAGAAUCAGAAACCAAAAAUAUUUCGCGACCAGCUAGUAAAUUGGAUCUGGAGGAGCCAAUUACCACAUCUCAAAAUGAAGAGGAAGACGAUGAAAAUGAGUUGGAGACAAAUGAUGAACCAGUUCCUAAAGACGGUGCACGGAAGCGAAAGCCGAGAAAAGACUAAAAGAGUCAUGAGUGUUUUUAGUUUUAUUGAUAUUCCACACUUAUCGAGAAUGUGGUAAUUUCAUUUUUUUUGUUUCUGUUUUAUUAUCGAUACAUUUUAUUUGCUUGAGAUACAGCAAACGAAUGUUUAAAGUCACCAAAUUUCAGUAUCCGAUACCAACUAUUACUUCUGUAAUUUUUAAACCAAUUUCCAAAGCCAACAGAUGUAAAACGACAGAACGAUUUCAUUUAGAUUUAAGUUUAUUAUUUCCUGUAGUUUGAAAAAUCGAAUGAAAAUGAAUAAAGAAAUAAUUCUAGGAACAAAUAUC